GGUAAAACAUCAAAACAUCCGGGCAUCCCUUGGGUAACGUCCUUGCAGACGGCCAAUUCUCUCACUCCAGAAACGACUCAGGUUGCUCCUGACAUAAAAAAAAAUGAUAAAGGGAAGCUCUUACAUGUGCCUGCGAUCCAGAAUCACCCGUAGAACAAUAACAUGCCAGGUUUGCAGAACAAAAAUACAGGAACUUUACUGAUUCCAAGAGAUCAAAAAACAGUAUUUACAAUGAUCCCUCUGAUCACUUACAGAAGUCUACAGUCAUAAAUAGUUCUUUCUCAGUCCACAAAUUGCUUCAGAGAGAAAUACAGUCCUGGUUCUUCUCCCUCUUUUCUCAGCAGCAAACAGGCCUCAAAACAGCAAGGCCUCUCUGAGUUCACUGCUUUCUACACCAACAGUACUCAGUCAGCACUGAAAACUUGUCCAAACUGGUUCUGCAGAAACAGUAUCAAAUCAAUCCCUGGGUCUUUGAGCCUGAGCAAGCGGGUCCCCUGUGGCAGCAUAGCAAACAGCCCCUACCAGAAAAUAAAGCCCUGAAGGCCACAUCCAGGAUAUCCACCCCGAACCAGGCAGUUGGCCACAUAAUGAAGAUUUAUACUUCCAAUAUAAAUUGUGCCUUGCUCUGAGGCCAAGGGAGUAUGACUACAGAGUUUCCAGAACAGACCAGAUCUGAUGCCUUCUAGUUUGUUAGGCCAUGAGUCUGACCAGGCAGAACCUGGAGGGCCUCUCAGACACAGAAGAAGACCCCAUGGCCUCCUCCAGAACGACCCCAGCCUGGGACAACAGCCCAAAGGCAUGAAGCCUGACAUGAAGUCUGAACAAAACGGAGACCUCCAAAUGAAGGCUUCCUAAUAUAUCGGCAAAGGCAAUAAAGCUGGACAUGAGGCCUAGAACAAGAUGGACGCCUCCCAAUGUAAUGUUGCCAUGGAUGACUGGAACUGCAGUAACCAACCUGUCCAGAAGCUGGAUUUUUCCAGCUGUGGAGAAGACAUUGAGUUAGAAGAGGACAACAGCAUCCAUGAGGAAGAAGUGAGACCUGUCACUCCACAGAAAGACUGGGCAUUUCAAGAUUGGCAGUCAAACUGUCCAAUCCCUGUUACUCCACAACGGCAACAAGAUGAUUUCUCUCCAGAUCUCCCAAAGUCUUGGGCAACUCCUGUGAGGAAAGGCAAGGAAUCUCGGAGAAAGAACAUCACACCUUUGGAGAACUACCCUGAGACUCCUUUACACUAUGUCACAUGGCAAAAGCUGCAGCUCUGUGAUACUCCCAACACCCCAAAGAGUCUCCUGGGCAAGACAGCUUUCCCUUCACCGGUGGGAAAAUUCUCCCCCAAAGGGAUAAGAAAUUUGCGGUUCAACUCAUGUACAGAUUCUGAGGAGCCUCCCUCAAAUUCUCUGGUUAAUAUUAAUCCUUUUACACCUGAUUCAUAUAGACAGAUGGUUUUCCAUCCCAGUGGGAAAAGGAAAACUAGAGGAGAAUUGGAUGAUCCCAGCCAAAAAGGGAGUCCAAUGGAGCUUGGCUUGCCAGCCAAGAGAUUCCUUUUGCGUGAAAGCAACAUGGUUUCUCGUUACAAGAAGGAAUUCUUGGAGCUGGAGAAAAUUGGUGUGGGGGAAUUUGGUUCAGUAUACAAGUGCAUCAAAAGGCUGGAUGGAUGUGUUUAUGCCAUCAAGCGCUCAAAGAGGCCCCUUGCUGGAUCCUCAGAUGAGCAAAUGGCUUUGCGAGAAGUCUAUGCCCAUGCAGUGCUUGGCCAUCAUCCUCACGUGGUGCGUUACUACUCAGCUUGGGCAGAAGAUGAUCACAUGAUUAUUCAGAAUGAACACUGCAAUGGUGGUAGCCUUCAAGAUGUGCUUUUGGAGAACCUGAAGACAGCCGAUUAUUUCAAAGAAUCUGAGCUGAAGGAGAUCUUGCUGCAAGUCUCCAUGGGGCUGAAAUAUAUUCACUCUUCUGGUCUAGUGCACAUGGAUAUCAAGCCCAGCAAUAUCUUUAUAUGUCACAAGCUGAUUGGGCUUGCAGGAGUGGAGGAGAGUGACGGUGAAGAUGAUGGCUUUGCCUCUUCUAGUGUGGUAUAUAAAAUUGGAGACCUUGGACAUGUGACAUCCAUAGCUACACCACAAGUGGAGGAAGGAGACUGCCAGUUCUUGGCCAAUGAAAUCUUGCAAGAGCAAUACUGCUAUCUGCCCAAGGCAGACAUUUUUGCUCUUGCAUUAACUGUUGCUCAGGCAGCAGGUUGUGGGACAUUACCUGCCAAUGGUACCAUGUGGCACCACAUCCGCAAAGGCAACCUUCCAGCAAUCCCACAGCAGCUGUCACGUGGCUUUAUUGAACUGCUCAAGCUUAUGAUUCAUCCUGACCCAGUUAUGAGGCCAUCAGCCACUGCACUAACCAAGCAUCCUAUCCUUCGGCCUUCUCUUGGGAAAGCUGACCAACUUCAGAAGCAGCUAAAUGUGGAGAGGUUCAAAACUGCUAUGCUGGAAAGGGAACUGAAGGCAGCCCGUCUAGCUCAGACCUUCAAAAAGGAGCAGGCCAUCAAAAGAGACCUGACUUUGGAAUGUGCCAGGCCUCAAGAAUCUGGAACCAAUUCAAGGCUUAAGAACAACAAGAAACGCCUAGUGGGAGGGAAAAAUGCCCGGUCAUUUAGCUUUACGGCCAGUGGCUACUGAGGACUGAAUAAUUCAGGGUUCUCAGGUUACAGAAGCAAAUCCCAAAGAAAAAUCAUCACAAUUGACUUUCACUUUUUGCACCAUGAUGGUGCUGAAUCUUAACCUGCAAUCCAUCCUAUUUCAAGAUUAUUGUUUCAUUUCAUACCCACUGUCCCUCAUUUUUUUCUCCACUGGGCUUGUCAACUAUAGCUGGUUUUAUGGUGAGGCCAGUAAAACCAUGAGUGCAGGAGGCAUAGUGAUGUCAUUGUAGCUUCUCCAGCCAAAACAUCUCUUAAAAGUCAUGGGUGUAUUUUUUCUCCAGGAUUCUCAGAAGAACAUAUAACUUUAUUUCCUUUCUCUCACUGUUAUAUUUGCCUAUUUUAAGCUCCUUUUGUGUUGUUUUAAAAAAAGAUUAGAAAUAGCUGUGUGUUGAAAGAGAAUAUUUCUUAAGCAGUUGACUUCUCACAGUUGUGGAUGAAACUAUAUGAAGUUAUGUCAUCAUUCUAAGUUUUAAGUCUCUUAAGAGCCAGGGGAAAGUGGUGGUGAACUUCAAUUCUCAUUGACUCUAGCUGGCAUAGUCUAUGUUGAACAAUCAUGGAGGUCGCAGUCCUGAAAUAUCUGGAAGGGAUAUAGUGAUUCAGUCUUCCAAACAAAAGCAAAAUAUAUUUAAUGUUAACAGUUGUCAGCAAUGAGAUCUUAUUUGAAAUUAACAAGUGCAUCUUUUGACAAUAGAGGUAUCCUGAUUUGGAAACAGGUUGGCUCUCUUUUUUUCCAACAGCAGGUAAGAUAAGUCUUGGCUGGGAGGGUGAGGGGCUUUAUUCUUAAUUGGUGACAUGUGAAUGACUGACAUAACUAAUGGAUAAAGGCUUGUAAGUGUCUGAAAUGGGGUAAUUUUUUUAAACACACUGGAAUGGAGGUAAAAAUGCUUUUUGGAACCCCUUUCUUUUCAGGGGAUGACAUUAUGUAAAAUGUUCCUAAUAAAAUAAAGUAAGCCUUGUGCCCCUGUUAGAGUGUUAGCUUUUGAUGUUGUUGCAUCAACAAAAACAACAGUUCCAUGGAUUCUUCUAUUUGUAGGAUUUGAAUAUUGGAUUAGUAAUUUUAGUGGUGGUGUCCAACAUUUCCUACACCAUAUAUAUGAGUUUCCCAAACUUUCCUGGACAUAAUUUAGUCCUAGCUGUCCUAGGGAACGUAUUUUAGCUGUUGUUUUUUUAUGUUUUUCUAAAGAAAAGCACAUGAUACUUUGAAUAAAAUUGUUUACCUUGUUUAUGUAA